UAACUUUUCAGAAUACUGGAGCGCGACCAGAUGGAAUUCUGCACUCCCUUCUUUACGGAUCCCUCACGUUUUAAAUUGUAUCGCAGACAUUUUUAGCAGACUUUUAGCGGUCAACAAACAGCCCUGGUGUGAACACGGAGUCUUUACUUUCAGGCUCGGCUGCGCUGUGAACCGGGACUGAAGCGGUCAGGACAUUUAAAAGACACCAAACAUCUUCUCGCUGUCUCGAAGCGUUAACGGGUGUCCGUCAUGCCGCUGUUUGGUAAAUCCCACAAGAGUCCAGCGGACAUUAUCAAGACCCUAAAGGAAAACCUGGCCAUCCUGGUCAAACAUGACAAGAAGACAGACAAGGCGUCUGAGGAGGUUUCAAAAUGCUUGGUGUCGAUGAAGGAGAUUCUCUACGGCAGCAACGACAAGGAGCCGCACACCGAGACCGUGGCCCAGCUCGCGCAGGAGCUGUACAACAACGGCUUGCUGAUUGCGCUGGUAGAGAACCUGCAGUAUAUAGAGUUUGAGGGGAAGAAGGACGUUUGUCAGAUCUUUAACAACAUCCUGAGGAGGCAGAUUGGAGCGAGGAGCCCCACGGUCGAAUACUUGUGCUCCCACCAAGAGGUUCUCUUCGUCCUGCUGAAAGGAUACGAAACCCCGCAGAUAGCGCUGAACUGCGGCAUCAUGCUGAGGGAAUGCAUUCGCUACGAGCCACUCGCCAGGAUAGUUCUCUAUUCUGAACAUUUUCACAGCUUCUUCAGCUACGUGGAAAUGUCCACAUUUGACAUCGCUUCUGACGCCUUUGCCACCUUUAAGGAUCUCCUUACAAGACACAAAGUGGUCGUGGCUGAAUUCCUCGAAAAGAACUACGAUGCUGUGUUUGCUAACUAUGAGAAGCUGCUGCACUCUGAGAACUACGUCACAAAGCGGCAAUCGCUUAAGCUUCUGGGCGAGCUGUUACUGGACAGACACAACUUCACGGUGAUGACAUACUACAUCAGCAAGCCUGAGAACCUCAAGCUAAUGAUGAAUCUGCUCAGAGACAAGAGUUCCAACAUUCAGUUUGAGGCCUUCCCCGUUUUUAAGGUGUUUGUAGCGAACCCCAACAAGACGCAGCCCAUCGCCGACAUCCUACUGAAGAACCAGACCAAACUAAUUGACUUCUUAAGCAACUUCCAGAAGGACCGCACAGACGACGAGCAGUUCAACGACGAGAAGACGUACCUUAUCAAACAGAUCAGGGAUCUGAAAAAACCAGCCUCCUAGAAGAAACCCUCCGAUCCCACCCAGCUUUUUAUUAAUAGGAAGGUGUAGAAAAUAGAAAGGAAAAAAAAAACACAUUAACAAUAAUGGUUGUACUAUUUAAAAAUAUUAUUUCUGUUUGUUGGUAAAAGUAGCUCACAAUCAAUGAUCUAACUUUUGUAAAUUUAUUUUUUUUAUUUAGAAAAUCUUUUUUGUUUUCAUGUGUAGCAUGUAGCUCAAUGUGUUGGAAGCAUCUGAUUUGCUUUGUUAAACGAACCAGCAGGGGGGAAAAAGAAAAAAAAAGACGACUUGGGCUAAAAAUGCUUUCUCCUUCCGCCGCUUCUUAAAGGUGAAAUUUGCAAUCAUGUGAAGUUGCUGCAAAUCGCCAAAAUCUUGAAGGAUGUUUUUUUUUUUUUGUUGUUUUUGUUUUUCUGACAAAGAGAUUCUUGAUGGAAGAUGUUAGCAGAGUAUGGAGUGAAAAUAGUCUCAAAAUACCUGUGCGCGUGUAAUACUGGAUUUGUAAUCCAUGUAAGCAUCUUUGUGUGUAACUUUGGAGAUUUGUAUCUGUGAAACAUGAUUUGUAAACCGUAAAAAGAAAAUUUGUGCAUAACUCUGGGUACUUGUAAAUAUGUGGUCAAAUGCAUACACAAAUAUGAAGAAAUUACGAAUAUAAAAUAAAAGUACACACACGCAAUUACAAUUUCUACAAAUGUAAAAUUUCUACGCACAAAUUUUUUUUAACUACAACCUCACAAAUCUGAUAAAUACGAAUUCAAACCUUUGCCUACGAGUAGCCUGAUGCACACAGACAAAACUGCAUUUACGCACAGAUCCGGUUACGACUGCACAAGGAUUUUUGAGACUCAUUUCACUCUUCAGACAGCCUCAAAUGAGUGCGUAAGUGAUGUGUUUAAAUGCUGGCGGAAAGCUGGAUCAUAUGAGUUUUGCUCAGUCUGUUGUUUUCAUCCUCUGAACGUUUGUCACUGUGCUUGUGCCAAAGUGGCAAUGAGGUUAUUUCGUUGGGAAACGGAAUAUUUCAGUACUUCUUUAUCCACCUUAUUCCUAGCCUCCAUGAGGCUUUGCCUGAUUUAUGGGCACGACUUCUGCCGCAAACUGGAACCGCCAUUUGUUUACAUGUUGCAAGUCGCUAACCGGCUUUUGUCAGAGGUUUUAGGCUAUAAAAUAUGUACCAUCACAGCUUAAACAUGGUAAUAUUGUUUUACCGCUACCUAUAGCUAUUGCAAGGAGGAAUAGCGACAUGAAGAAAUGGCCGCAAAUAACCCGCAUUAGCAUAUUUAGCUACUUCACUAAGUAUAUCUCCACUUAUAAGGUUGAACUGAAGGGGAGAUUGUUUAAUGGUGACAACAGUACAAAAGAAACUUUAGUAAUUUAUGCAUGUUUUUGUGUGUUCCACUAAAAUCUAAGUAGGAUUUUAGAGUCCUCCCCCCGCCCACCCUGCCCCAGCCUCCAGGUUCUGCGUUACGGCCCUGCGUUUGCUGUCACAGCGCAUCGCGCUGCGGCUCCACAACUCAGAUGUCCCGCUGCACAGAUUUGUGACGCUUAUCUUAAUAUUAAUGAUUAUAAUGGCGUUUAGUUGCGCAACUUCACGGACACGUUCAUUCGUGUCUGUUUUCAUGUUUAUUGCGAUGUUCAUAAUAGUCUCGAUGUUUGCAAUUUGUUGUAGCGCAACGUCAGUACAUCACUAGCAGCCACAAUCUAAACUUAGAGUACAGCUACGAACAGCCCAACUGUAACCCCCCC